UGUGGUCUCUUGCUUUUGGUGCUGAUCAUUUGAAUCAGCGCGUCGAGAGGAGGAGGAAGGUACCCUGGAUGAGCACACCAGAUGAUGGAAUUUCUCCCAGAGACCGCAGCUGGCUCGACCAGGACUGUCUCCCCUCUCCGAAAUUAGAUAAGAGAGAGAGACAGCCAGAGAGAGAGAGAGAAAAGAGCUUCACAGAGAUUUACAGCGAGGGGGGAAAAUGUUCUGCGCGAAGCUGAAAGAACUGAAGAUAUCAGGAGAGUGUCCUUUCUCCAGCAGCGCCAAAAAUAAUGAGCUGGGAGACUUUGAGGAGCGCUCAACUGACGCCGCGGAUUUAUUGCUUAUUUCUAAGGACGUGCCUGGAAAAAUAGGUGAGGAUCUACCUCAACAGAAGACAAGCAGAGCCAAAGUUAACCUGAAUUCACUUGGAGAGAGCAUCCGAAAAUUGGCAUGUCCCGAGUUUCAAAGGCUGCACACUGCCCUCCAACGAAUGAUGAGACGGUCAGAUCACACCAGGGACUCUGAGAGUCCAAUAAUCUGCUGCACAGACUAUCAGAGCUGCAGUGAUGAACCAGAGCAUUUAGUGGAAAUGAUGAACAUUUACUCAUCCAAAACAGCAAUCCAGAUGGAAGCUCUGAGAGUAGCUCUUGGCGAGGAGCUCUUCAACAUGUGUUAUGAGGAGGACGGACACAUUUUGAGGGUGGUGGGGGGAGCUCUCCACGACUUCCUCAACAGCUUCAAUGUCUUGUUGAAACAGAGCAGCACGCUGCCCAACCCGGACAGAGAGGAUUGUGUAAACGAACCUUCGGUGCUGUGCUUAGACAAGGAUCUGGGUCUGCUUACUGUCUAUUUCUUCAACCCCCGCCCAACCACUGAGCUCUUUUUCCCUGGAGUCAUCAAAGCUGCUGCCCGUCUGCUGUAUCACACCACUGUGGAUGUGUUGAUGGACCCCCCCAGUGCUAAAGACAGCAUCUUGCAGUCAAGCCCACAGCCUAGUCUUCUGUACACAGUUGUAGUUAAGGAUGCUAAAAAUCUGAGCCCCAGUCCGCUGCGGGCUACCUCAGCUGGGACUCUUCCUACCUCUCUGUUCUCCACCAUCUUCCCUUUCCAUCUGAUCCUGGACCAGGAUUUGGUUCUGGUACAAAUAGGACACGGGCUCAGGAAGAGACUGACCAGGAAAGAUGGAUUGAGGCGGUCUACUACCUUCCAAGAACACUUCUCCAUUGUCUCCCCCCAGAUCAAAUGUACCUUUCAAGGUAUCCUGACCAUGCUGAACACACAGUUUAUCAUUCGGAUCAAGCAUGGAGUCUCCACGACAGAUAACACAGGGAAGCUCAUGGACCUUAAAGGUCAGAUGAUCUACGUUUCAGAGUCCAACGUCAUCUUGUUUCUGGGCUCGCCAUGUGUGGACAAGCUGGAGGAGCUAACAGGCCGCGGCCUCUACUUGUCAGACAUCCCUAUUCAUAACGCAUUGCGUGACGUAGUUCUGGUUGGAGAGCAGGCCAAAGCUCAGGAUGGUUUAAAGAAGCGUCUGGGGAAGGCUAAGGCUGCCUUGGAACAUGCUCACCAGGCACUGGAGGAGGAGAAGAAGAAGACAGUGGACCUCCUCUUCUCCAUCUUCCCUGGCACUGUGGCACAGCAGCUGUGGCAGGGCCAAACGGUCCAGGCCAAGAAGUUUGAGCGAGUUACGAUGCUCUUCUCUGACAUUGUGGGUUUCACGGCUGUUUGCUCACACUGUACCCCAAUGCAAGUGAUCACCAUGCUCAAUGAGUUGUACACCAGGUUCGACCACCACUGUGGAGAACUUGAUGUUUAUAAGGUGGAGACCAUUGGUGAUGCAUAUUGUGUAGCUGGUGGCUUACACAAGGAGAGCGAGACUCAUGCUGUCCAAAUAGCACUCAUGGCCUUAAAGAUGAUGGAGCUUUCAGACGAUGUUAUGACACCAACUGGAGAACAAAUACAGAUGCGUAUCGGCCUCCACACUGGUUCAGUACUGGCUGGUGUAGUUGGCGUGAGGAUGCCACGCUACUGCCUUUUCGGGAACAACGUCACAUUGGCCAACAAAUUUGAAUCUUGCAGCCAACCUAGAAAAACCAACAUCAGCCCUACAACCCACAGAUUGCUGAAGGAUCGGCCAGAGUUUGUCUUCAUUCCCAGGAGCAGACAGGAGCUUCCGGCCAACUUCCCAGAGGACAUCCCUGGUGUUUGUUACUUUUUGGAGGCCUCCUUCAAAACUUGAAGACUCUGAAAUGAAGUGGAGCCGCUGCAGAGCCCAAAAAAAGAAAAAGAAAAAAAAAGAGUUAAAUGUGAUGAAACCUAAACGUAUCCAGUGAACACAGUGCGAACACCUUGUAUAUUUUGGUUUGGGUUGUUUAAAUAUUGAUGAUAUUGUCUAUGAGUCAAACUCCCGCAGCUGUUUAAUUACAGAGCUGUCAAACAUGAGUCUUGUCUCUGUACAAUUAUCCAUUUGUAGCAGAGAAAUAGUCACUUCCUUGAUUUCUUUCUUCCAGAAUGACUCAUCUUUGCAAAGUUAUGAUACCAAAAGUGGUAUAUAUGGUAUAUAUUUAGACCGUCAAUUAACAGUUUUCAGACUGUGUGCUCAUUUUAACAUUUAAGAGGUACAAAAUAUGUAAAACAUACACUAAAUGUGGCCAUAUUCAAAACGAAUCAAUAGCAGCUUCUGGUUUACUGUGAAGAAGUUUAAAUAUAUCAUCAUAAUGCUGAUAUGAUACAGAAAUACAUUUUUGGUUGUUGACCCUCAAUGUGAUGUUGCUUAACAGAGUGGUUCAUUUGAUCAAGAUUGAUUCCUGUAAAUAUCUAACUGGUCCAUUCACAUCAGUCCAGACUAGGUACCUGUUAAAGCAUCUUGGCCUGAUGGUCCGGCAGAAGAGAUCAAGAUUAAAGCUGAAUUGGCUUUGCAUGUUUCAGUGGAGAAGUUAAUAACAAAUAAUUUGAAAAUGUUGAAAGUUAUUCAAAGAUUUAGGAGAGCAGAUUCAGGUGCCUUAUGGGAACUAUACAGGCAGGAUCACAGCUUAGAGUUACUGCUUUUUUCUCUUUCUUUAGAUGUGGAUCAAUAUGAAUUAACAUGUUAAUAAUUUCUUCCAGAGGUUUAUGGUUCCAACUCAGUAUAUAUUUGUAAUAACAUGUAACUUAGACUUCCAAUUAUUAGACAUUAAGCAUUCCAAGAUUGCAUUUUCCUAAUAUAAGUAAUGUACAUGUAUUUUUUACUUUUUUCUGCCACUGUACACAUGUUUAUACUAUAUUUAUUACAUUGGUUUCAUUGCACUCCUUUCAUAUACAGCAGGAAUAUGACACAAGAAUACAAUGAAUGUUCUACUAUCACUCAUAAUGAUGUGCUUUAAUCAUUAUUGUAAUGUAAUCAAAGCGCAAUAAAUAUUGACAUUAACAGACUUAAGUGAUUCUACAGUGUAUAGAACAUCGAAGUGUGUGAUAUAAAAAGGUUUGUGAUGUUAAAUUAGGCUAGUCACACCACUGAAAGCACGAU